UGGGAAAUUGGCAAAGCACAUGCAAGAGGUAUUUUAGUAGAAGUAGGGACAUUGAAAAGUUUGAAUGUCUGAUAAAAUUUGUUAAGCUCAAAAUUCCAUUUCCAUGGAGCAACCUACAUUCAUCUCUCACCGGCGAGAUGAACCGGAGUUCAGCCUCCGUGAAUGGGCGGCGAAGGCCAAACUUAACCACAACCCCACCAUUUCCCGGCGAUUCUCCGGCUCCUACAUCAGAAGCUUUCGAGAAGACGCCAGGUCGUUUCGAUCAAACAUCACCAGCACCGCCUCCUCUCCCGGCUACCCUUUCGGAGACGAAAUUGACCCAGCUACGUAUUCGUUUACUAACGCCAUCAAGGCGCUGCAAGCCAGGUCGCUUAACAGUUGGGAAUGUUUUUCCCUCGAUGGGUUUACUUUGAAUUCGAAGUGGAAUGAAGCCGAGAAGUAUAUAUGUAAUCCACUUUCUGGGGAAGUUCCUAUGGAGUGUUUGUCUGCAAAAUCACUUAGUGGGAGGUCGUUUAGGAACUUAGCCAACAGAAUUGCAGUCUCUGCUCCUUUAGUUUACUCAAAUCAUCCACAACAGAUUCAAACAAAGCCAUGUUCCAUCACACAAGUAGUUCAGAAACUCCCAAUUUCAGAUAAGAAAGUGGAUGCCAAUGCUAUGACUAGAGAUGUGGGAACUCAAAGCACACCACCAAACGUUGGUUCAUCUAGUCCUAGUCCUGCUUCCACGCCUCCCAUCGUGGAUAGAGCAUUAAAGAGAUGCGAAUUGGAAGAAAACUCUCCCAGUUCCAAUUCUAAGGUUACUCCCGAGACAGAGGUGAUAAAAAGAGAAAUGGAAGAGGAGAGAGCAAAAGAAAAGGUACAUAGAGAAAUAAUGGCAGAAGAAAAGUGCAAGCAAGGGGGAUGCUUGUCAUGGAUGAAGAGGAAGCAGAAAGAGGAGCAGAGAUCAAGAAGAAAGAGGUUCCUUUCUCAUCUGAAACUAAAAGGGUGCUGAAGGAGAAGAGUGUUGAAAUGGUGAAGAACAAAACAUGGAAAAUGAGGGAGGUGGGGUUGUAGAGAAGAUUGCUCUGUAAACAAAGAUUUGGUUUAUUAAUGCAAAAUGGAAGAGAAAGGGCAGGUGGGGAAUGUGGGAUUGUAUGGGUAUCAUAAAGGUUGGCUUUGUGGGUUGUGGUCCUAUUUGCCUUGCUCCUCAACCACUUCAAUUUGUUCUUUGUCAUGGUGAAAGCAGGCCAACAGCUUAGACUUCACGUGCUUGCCUUUGUCUUUGUGUUCUGAAUUGUAGGGUAGGGCUCUUAAGGGCUUCUCCCUUCUGUUUUCAA